CCCUCCGCUCGGGGCCGAGGGACGCUCGCUUCACCUCGUCGCUCCGGUCGAGAAUGGGCACUUCCUGGGGUGCAGGGGGCGCAGGAGACUCCCACCCUUCCGCCAUACCUCUAUUCGGAAGUGCCAUAUGCAACUUCCGGGCAGGACAGGGAUUUUCGGAGCCCUAAACUCUUGUUCACCUUGAAAUCCUAAUGAAUCAUUGAUUGACCAGCACCAUUUACCACUUGGAAUGAAUUGCCAGAAAUGGGCAUAGUGCUUUUAACGACAACAUGUAACAGAUGGCUGUUACUCCAUGGUGAUUACUUUUUCAAGCCAGCACCUUUUCUGAUUGUGUAGGAUCUUUGUCUCUUCAUCUUCGAAUUUCAAUUACUUUUGUUGGCAAAUAAGAUAAAAGGAGUUCAUGUAGUUUUUGUCCGAGGUUGAGUAACCAUGAGUAGUAGUUUAGGAAAAGAAAAAGACUCUAAAGAGAAAGAUCCCAAAGUACCAUCAGCCAAGGAAAGAGAAAAGGAGGCAAAAGCCUCUGGAGGUUUUGGGAAAGACAGCAAAGAAAAAGAACCUAAGACCAAAGGGAAAGAUGCCAAAGACGGGAAGAAAGACCCCAGCACUGCCCAGCCAGGGGUGGCUUUUUCAGUUGACAAUACGAUCAAAAGACCAAAUCCAGCACCUGGGACUAGGAAAAAAUCUAGUAAUGCAGAGGUGAUAAAAGAGCUCAACAAAUGCCGAGAAGAGAAUUCAAUGCGUUUGGACUUAUCCAAAAGGUCUAUACACAUAUUGCCACCGUCAAUCAAAGAAUUGACUCAAUUAACAGAACUUUAUUUAUAUAGCAACAAAUUGCAGUCCCUUCCUGCUGAGGUGGGCUGUCUAGUAAAUCUCAUGACACUGGCUCUGAGUGAAAAUUCACUUACCAGUUUGCCUGACUCUCUUGAUAACUUGAAGAAGCUGCGGAUGCUUGAUUUACGGCAUAAUAAACUGAGAGAAAUUCCUUCAGUGGUGUACAGGCUAGAUUCUCUCACCACUCUCUACCUUCGCUUCAAUCGUAUAACUACUGUGGAAAAGGACAUCAAAAACCUGUCAAAACUCAGCAUGCUCAGCAUUCGAGAGAACAAAAUCAAACAACUACCUGCUGAAAUUGGUGAAUUAUGUAACCUCAUUACGCUGGAUGUAGCUCACAAUCAACUUGAACACCUUCCAAAGGAGAUUGGAAACUGUACACAGAUAACCAACCUUGACUUGCAGCACAAUGAACUGCUAGACCUCCCAGAUACUAUAGGAAACCUGUCCAGCUUAAGUCGUCUUGGUCUGAGAUAUAACAGAUUGUCAGCAAUACCCAGAUCAUUGGCAAAAUGCAGUGCACUUGAAGAAUUAAAUUUAGAGAAUAAUAACAUCUCUACUUUACCAGAGAGUCUUUUAUCAAGUCUUGUGAAACUGAAUAGUUUGACCUUAGCUAGAAAUUGCUUCCAGUUAUAUCCAGUAGGUGGUCCAUCUCAGUUUUCUACCAUCUAUUCCCUGAACAUGGAACACAAUCGAAUCAAUAAAAUCCCAUUUGGAAUUUUCUCCAGAGCAAAAGUAUUAAGUAAGCUGAAUAUGAAGGACAAUCAGUUGACAUCACUUCCCUUGGAUUUUGGAACUUGGACUAGUAUGGUAGAAUUGAAUUUAGCCACCAAUCAGCUUACAAAGAUCCCUGAGGAUGUGUCUGGUCUCGUUUCUCUUGAAGUUUUAAUAUUAUCAAACAAUCUUCUAAAGAAGCUUCCCCAUGGUCUUGGAAACCUUAGGAAGUUAAGAGAGUUGGAUCUAGAGGAGAACAAAUUAGAAUCCUUGCCAAAUGAAAUUGCUUAUCUUAAGGAUUUACAGAAAUUAGUUCUGACAAACAACCAGUUGACCACUCUCCCCAGAGGCAUUGGCCAUCUUACCAAUCUCACACAUCUAGGCCUAGGAGAGAACCUGCUUACUCAUCUUCCUGAGGAAAUUGGUACACUGGAGAACCUAGAAGAACUGUAUUUGAAUGACAACCCCAACCUGCAUAGCCUUCCCUUUGAGCUGGCUCUUUGCAGCAAGCUUUCAAUCAUGAGUAUUGAGAACUGUCCACUCAGUCACCUUCCGCCUCAGAUUGUUGCUGGGGGUCCUUCCUUCAUCAUUCAGUUCCUAAAGAUGCAGGGUCCAUAUCGUGCCAUGGUCUGAUACAAAUCUGCUGGUCCCACACACUGUUCAAAAAUAGACUGCCAUCGAUGUUUCAUAUCUAUAUCUGUAUCUAUUUAUGUAGAUAUCGAUAUAUUUGGCAGAUUUAUAAAGACUGCAUUAUGUGUUUAUGCUAAUAGAGGAAUCAUAGCCAUUUAGAUUUUUUUUUAAUUCUGUACAAAAAGCUUGUGUAAGUUUUCUUUGCUGAACUGAAAGACAUUUUUCUGUUGUGUAAUAUGAUAACGCCAGUUUGCUUAAAACAUUUGCCAACAGAUUGUGAAGUUAAUAAAUUUAAGGGACAGAGGUAGUAUGGUUAGAUAUACUUUUUCUUAGCAAAAAUAAUUGGCAAGCAAAUUUUGUUACAACUCUUCAUAUACAUUUUCCCCUUACCAAUUGUCAGAUCUUUAUAGUAUUAUAGGCCCUGAAGUUAGAAUUUUUCUUUUAACUUAUUUUGAAAUUUGAGAUUUAAAUUUUAUAUAUUGUUUACAGUCAGAGUAAAUCACUGGAUUUUUUUAAUUGUUUUGAUUUGCUCUGUUUUAAUCAUUCACAUCUAGAGUUUAUAUACUCUGCUUACCAAUUUGCAUCAGCUCUUUUAAAGAUAUUUGCUUGUUGAAACAACUGGCAAAGUGAAAAAAUACAGUCAAAAAUUCUAGAAUUCCUUUCAUCGUGUUUCUUGGUUCACUUACAAAGCAGAAUAUCUGAAGUGAGUUUUGGGUUGGCGGGGAGGGCUUGGGCACAUUUCCUGGUAAAACUAUCUUAAGUUUGGGGGAACAGAAGCUUACAGUGCAAAUGAGUUUUCAUUCCUGAAAGUUGCAGAUCCACAAAAAUAAUAAUUUUGGGAAAAAUAUGCAUAAACACACACAUUCUAUAUGUGUAUAUACAAUGCUAUAUAGAUAUGUAUUUAUAAUAUCAUAAACAACAAUAGGUAACUUUAAGGAUUUCUCCCUAUCCUUAUACAAUGAAAUGAAUGUUUUCCUUUGAACACUGCAAUAUAUGUAUGUUUCAAGGUUAUUUAACAGUGUACUAUGGUUUUAUAUCUUGACUUGCCUUGCACAUCUUUCAAUUCUGGAAUAUCUGCGUCUAAGCACAAUAUCUUCACACUGUGCUGUUUUGCUGCUGAACUAAAUGCACUUUUCCCCACAUGUGGGGCACUGGCUUCAAACAACUCAGUUCAGUACCAUUCAUUUUAAUCUCAUCUUUCCUUUCUUGGUGGUUGUUAAUACAAUGAUGGAAAAAGAGGCACAUUGCAUAGAAAUCAUUGAUAGUUCAGUGGAGUUCUGUAAGAUGUGCAUGUGCUAUUUGAUAUGUUUUCUUUUGCUUUACUGCUUUGAAGGCUAGCAGUAUUGUAAAUGUGUGCCCCUUAUACAGUACUCUUACCUUGGUAGUGUUGAUCGAAGUCAAUUUUAAUUAUUGAAAAGUCUCACAGAGCAAGUGCAUUCUAGAUAUCAUCCUAAAAAAAAACACUUCCCAUAUAAGGAAACCUAUUAUGUGUAAUUAUGUAUUGCUGCUUGGUUUAAUUUUCCUCCAUUUAGAUGUGCAUUGUGUUUUAAAUAAACCAAUUUUGAAUUAAGGCUAUAAUAUUAAGAUAGAAAUUUGAAGUGUUGUUUUGCUUUUCCUGGCACUCAAAUUCAGGGCUAAGCUUGAGGUCAAACCUUUAUUUGUAAUUGGCAAUUUUUUAAGGAGCAACUAAGAAAUGGAAGACAGGUAAAGAUAUAAAACCGUAGAAUGCUUAAAUGUGCUGUAAAACUAUUGUAGAUGUCACUGGAUUUUACCAAGUAAUAUCCUUUCUUCUUUUUUUCCAUCUACUGUGGCUUUUCAGUUAAAGUUUUGUUUAUAAAAGGAAUUUGUUUAUUAUAGCUCUACCUAGAGCUUGUGUGUAUGUGUGGUUUUUUAAAAUCUCAUAUCCAAGUGUGUUUAUAUAUUAAGAUGAUGAAACUUGAACUUUAAAGUCAGUAACCUAGUAUCUUUUCUUGAAAAAUAAUAUGGCUGUUGUUUCUUAAAAUGAAAAUAGAUACGGUUUUUAAAAUAUUUUGGUUCCCCUACCUUCAUUUAUGUUAGUCUAUAAUGAAAGUGCUGACUCAUCAUAGUCUACAUGUAGCAGGGAUAUUACACACAAACCAUAUAUAGCUGAGGAGUUAGAAUUUGUUCUAAGAAGCAUAAAACAUGUGUCUUAUAUAUGGUUGUCACCUUGUAAGAGACCAUGAAUUUCAUCCAUCACUUCUUCCAACAAGAAACUUAAAUAGACUCUGAUUGGGAUAUUGUUAAAUAAAGGUAUUUGAUACUGAGUUUGAAUAUAAUAAGACAUAUUGUUGAAUAACUACAUAUGAGCUAAUACUUCUCCUGGACUACCUUGGGACUGAUUGGCACAUUGAAAAGUUCUCUUUCUUUUAAAGAAAUUAGCUUUAGUUUCUUCAUGGGGCAAAGUAAAUAAUUAAAAAAAGUCAAAGAGUGGUACAUUAUAAAAUCAUUGCUUAGACUUUCUUUUUGUUAAUAUAUAGUAGCAAAAUGACAGUGUCAAACAGUCCUUCCUGUGUUUUUUUUUUUAAUUUUUUUAAAAGAUUGAUUUAUUUUUGUGUAGAAGAACUGAGGUGUAGGCCAGAUAUGCU